GCCACACACUGCAGCCGGAGGAGCAGCAGAGCGGACUGUGCCACACACUGCAGCCGGAGGAGCAGCAGAGCGGACUGUGCCACACACUGCAGCCGGAGGAGCAGCAGAGCGGACUGUGCCACACACUGCAGCCGGAGGAGCAGCAGAGCGGACUGUGCCACACACUGCAGCCGGAGGAGCAGCAGAGCGGACUGUGCCACACACUGCAGCCGGAGGAGCAGCAGAGCGGACUGUGCCACACACUGCAGCCGGAGGAGCAGCAGAGCGGACUGUGCCACACACUGCAGCCGGAGGAGCAGCAGAGCGGACUGUGCCACACACUGCAGCCGGAGGAGCAGCAGAGCGGACUGUGGGUUUGAGGUUCCGAUCUCCAUCAUGAGGGGCCCCGCACUAUUUACCGCCUCCCUCCUGGGGCUCCUGGCUGUGGUCUCCUCGGCACACAAUGAGACAUCAUUUUGUAGGUCGCCGCCUCACUGGAGCGUCGCGGACGAGGAGCCCAUGGGGCGGUCAGUGGGUCAGGUGACCGUGGUCGCACUUCUACAGGCCAGCUGCAGUUUCUGCCUCGUCCAGGCUGCCAGUAUGGGUCCGCUACGCGAUAAGCUGGCCGGUCGGGGUCUCACGAACAUAAGUUACAUGAUUGUCAAUGACCAGAGCUUCCUGUCUAAGCUCAUGCUCCCGGAGCUGAGGAGGAGGGCUCCGGCGGGGAUCCCCGUGUACCAGCCGCUCCCCAACCAGGAGGACGUGUGGGAGAUCCUGGACGGAAACAAGGACGACUUCCUGAUCUAUGACAGGUGCGGCCGCCUCACCUUCCACAUCCGCCUCCCUCUCAGCUACCUCCACUUUCCCUAUGUGGAAGCCGCCAUCAUCUCCACCUAUUAUGAAGAUUUUUGUCAGAAUUGCAGCUUUUACGCAAAUGUCACUCAAAUGCAGAAUGCAACCAUUGGGAAUAUUACUACAGAUGUAAAUCCAGAUCGACGGUCAGACUCUAGGACUGCGGGCCCUGGAAAAGACAAACACAAUGGAAAUAAAGCUGAUGAGCCUCAUAAUGACCAUAGAGCCGACAAUGAGCAGAAUCAUCAACCCCAUCAACAAAAGAAGGGAGAACCUCAUCAACCAAUCGUCACUGACCGAGGACCUCAUCAACCAAUCAUCACUGACCGAGGACCUCAUCAACCAAUCGUCACUGACCGAGGACCUCAUCAACCAAUCAUCACUGACCGAGGACCUCAUCAACCAAUCGUCACUGACCGAGGACCUCAUCAACCAGUCAUCACUGACCGAGGACCUCAUCAACCAAUCGUCACUGACCGAGGACCUCAUCAACCAGUCAUCACUGACCGAGGACCUCAUCAACCAGUCAGGAGUGAGACUGACCCAUAGUGUUUGCGGAAUAAUUCUGUAAUUAGUGUGACAACCUGUCAUGAAAAUAAAUGA